AUGGCCGCCUAUCUCUAUGGGCGCCUAUCUCUAUGGGCGCCUAUCUCUAGGGGCGCCUAUCUCUAUGGGCGCCUAUCUCUAUGGGCGCCUAUCUCUAUGGGCGCCUAUCUCUAUGGGCGCCUAUCUCUAGGGGCGCCUAUCUCUAUGGGCGCCUAUGGGCGCCUAUCUCUAUGGGCGCCUAUCUCUAGGGGCGCCUAUCUCUAUGGGCGCCUAUCUCUAGGGGCGCCUAUCUCUAGGGGCGCCUAUCUCUAUGGGCGCCUAUCUCUAGGGGCGCCUAUCUCUAUGGCCGCCUAUCUCUAUGGGCGCCUAUCUCUAUGGGCGCCUAUCUCUAUGGGCGCCUAUCUCUAUGGGCGCCUAUCUCAAGGGGCGCCUAUCUCUAGGGGCACCUAUCUCUAUGGGCGCCUAUCUCUUUGGGCGCCUAUCUCUAUGGGCGCCUAUCUCUAG